AUGGUUCCUUUUCGACGCUUAUCGCAGAGGGGUCGUCGCAGCUUCGAAGACCGCGACUCCUACGAAUGGCAAGACGAACGAGAUCAACGCAUCAUGACGGCAACCUUCCCCAUACACCCGCUCGCCUCUAUGCAGGCGCCCUUCGAGGAGUCCAUGCUCGAUGCAACCGGCGAGACUGGCCAUGUCCCUUUCGUCAAUCCCAAGAAGAGCGUCAAGACACGCCAACAGAUGCUGUGCAGAGAAGAGAGCGCGUCAGAGCCUUCAUGGAAUUUUACAUACAACUGUCAUUGGAGAAAUAACCCGAAAGGCAAAUUUCAUCCCCUGACGAAGACCGUCGCGCAGAUCGUCUUCGGCGUCCAUCUGCUGCAUCAGCAUCUGGAAAAGUCGGUCGCGGAUGUAGCAGACAUCCUGCUGAAGCAUGUCAAUGAGCUUGACAGCUUCUUGCAGAGGGCAAACGAAGAUCUGGAAAGCAGCAUGAAAGACAUGCUCUUCCGGCAUAAAUGCUUAAAAGUGCCCAUGGAACACGUAAACGAAUUCGAUCGCCUCCUUGAAGACCGUUCAUACCGCGCCCAACUUCUCGACGGCAACAUCGUAAUCGAGCGCACCAUCGGGCGCAUGUCGCAAUUGCUCAACGACUAUUUGAUCGAUAUAAACGUAUUUCGCGAAGCCAACCAAGAACUUGACUUGUAUCUAGGCGACGUAGGCGACGCGUGGACAUACCGUAAUGAGGACAUUGGGCGCAUAUACUCAGCCAUGUGUGGCAAUACUGGAGGCUGGUCGCAGUUUUUGCAAAGCCUUGUGGCAAAGGCUGAAAGACUAGGUGUUGUGCUCGUACAAGUGAGCAGCUACUGCAAUGAGAUUGAGAAGCGGUGUGGUGCUGCAAGUCGCCGAAGUUUGAUUGCAACGCGUUCAUCCUCACGAAACUCGUCCAACUCGCGCGAAGCACGUCCGUACCGAAAUUUUGCCAACAACAAACCUCUUCCUACACCUCCGCCCGAGCGCCCGCCAUUCAUGAAUCCUUCGUCCUCUGGUAGGGAGACCCCUGCCAGUUUUGGCACUCCUCAGAGACAUUCGACCAUAAGAGCAAGACCUCAACAACAGCCAGAGACCACGAACGUGUCCGACUCCACAGAGACGCCAAAACGAAGCGAAGACUCUUCUUCUGCGUCAGCCAUCUCUAAUGCUGACAUGGAUGUGCGACGUCAGACAAAUCAGACUGGGUACUACCCUGAUGCCUGGCACAAUGGAGAGCAGCGUGGAGGAGCGACACUACAAGCAGAGUCUAGUCGCACAAAGGAGAGCUCACCAGCAACGAAACGUCUAUCAGCGAAACCACAGAACGGAGAUUACAGCCCACCUUUGACCGGAAAAGACUCGGCGUACUCUUCUGUGUCAGGCGCAUCGGCCAUGUUACCAGGCUUCGCAUCACCCCGCUCAGUAUCUUCCACGUCCUCUCGACAGACUGCCCAAUUCGGUCUCUUCCCUAGCAGAAAUCUAAAUCCGAAUGGCGGCGGCCGCAUGUCUCGAGCCUCCAACGUGUCCGCCCUGAGCCGAACAUCAGGUAAACCCGCAUCGCGGGCACCCAGUUCCGAGGUUCAACCUGCUCUCGAUCGCGGUGUCUCGUCUAUGCUCCGGACCGGGACCGAGAUGGGCAACGUCGGCAUCGGCGCCCAGUUUGACGACUUGUCUGGCAUCAACAAUAUGCAGCGUCCCAUGCGUUCGCGCGCGACCAGCAGGAUGUCGACAGCUUCUUCCAUGUCCAACACCUCUAGCCGAGCCAGCAAGCAGCUCCGUCACUUCCCUUCGUCUUCUUCCGCACCGCGCCAGCCAAUGUCACAUUAUGGGCAGCAUUAUGUUACUGAUACGCUCUCUCCAACAACGAUGAACGCCUCCGGAUCAUCGCCUUUUAAUGGAAGGGCCAAGAGCGACAGGGACUCGCAUCGCUCGCAUUCGAUGACGCAUACUAUACAGCCACCCAGGUUCGGCCUCGUAAGCAACAGGUCUCUUACCAGUCUGCGCCUUCAGCCGGCAUCUCGAUCUUCGAACUCAUACAACUACCCGAUAUCAUACGGGAGUGGGCUCAGACCGCCUGGUCCAUACCAGAGAUCAGUCUCACCCACCUUGGGCGACGACGCUCGACUACCACCCCAAGGAUUACAAGCGUACGACGACCAACGAAUUUCUUAUGCUGUCCAACCACAGAGCCAUGACAAUCCAGUACGUGCAUACUACAACCAUCCGCAGCAGCAUGCUGGGCAGAGACAAGAAUAUCGUGGCUACAGCAGCCGGCACAAUCCAGGGCAGAUGAGGGCCGCGAACCCGUCUUCCCGAUCUGCCAUGAGUCUUGAAGAUCGUGCCGCCGUCGAGGAUGAAGGAUUCCCUGUUUACGGUGAAUCCCAUCAUCGCGAUCAGCCCAGGCAGAUGCAGAACCUGAACAGCGGACAUCUGAUCCCUCGUAAGGCGCUGGGCAACGUCAUCCGCGAGGCUCGCUUAGAAGAUCGAAGGGAUCAUAGGCCUAGGGGUGGUGAGCCUCGUUCAGAGGCUCCGCCCUUGCCCGUUGAUCACAAACACCGUAUUGCUGUCGAACAAGCUCGCCUCAAGAGGUCUGCGCCUGCUUCCAUGUCCAGUUUUAACACAAACUUACGUACAGACUCAGACCCACCAUCGUCUGACAUGGCCCUACCGCCAACUCCGAAAGAUGGCAUCUCUGUAGAGGUGCACCGAAGCCUCGAUAGAACCAAGGUCUUCAAAGCCGCAGAUACGAACCGCCUGGUCGUUACAGAAGAACAUUCUGCGGUGCCACAUUAUGAGAUGGAUGAACAGCUCGAACGUAAUGAGGCUGGAGAAUCAGGAGCUGAAGCCAUCCCUAUUAGCUUCACAGACCGGACCAAAAUCGUCGUCGAACAAUCUAGUCCUGGUCGUGUCUCCCCAGUCAUCAAACAUCGGCCAUAUCGUAAACGGCGUUGCGGAACUCCCGGCGUCCCCAGUAGCUCGCCGUAUCACGAGGCAUUUGAUCCUAAGAGGACUGGAGGCUUCAACGACGGACGAUAUCCAGUCCUCCAUAAAGUCAACGAGCUUUUUGGGGACAUCCCCAUCGCCCACGGGGAAGCCCUUGUCGCCGUCAAGAAAGUCAUUGAUUCCAAGGUCUCUGUCCCCGAAGUCCCUGACUCCAAAUUCUCCGACGAUGUCAAAGACGAGAACACUGUCAGUCCUGGCCACGGUAGCCAGGAUGGCAUGUCGGAUGUCCUUGCAGGCUACCAAGGAAACGAUUCCAAGAAUGGGACUGGCGCUCUUGUGCGAGUCGGGACGAUCAAGAAAGACAUGAGCGAUACGGAAGAGCAUGCAGAUGUUUCGAUAGAUCACGACUUGAAACCACUGCCACUUGCUCUUCGCUCCAGGAACAGCCACGUCCAAAAGUCGUCCGAUGAACUGUCCUUCAAGUCGUGCACAGAUCAACCAGAGGCAUCUUUAGAGUCGACAUCGUUCCAGAUGGGAAAGGACCCUGGCAAAGGCUAUUCUGCGUCUGCGAUCGAUGUUGUGUCCCAGCAAGAUAGAUCUUGCAAGGAAGCAGAUGCCUGUCCUGUCGAGAUUUCUGCAAGUCCUAUCCGGGCUUCCUCCGUACCACCAUCUCGACUACCGUCGUCCAACUUAGGGACUCUGGUCAUGAGCCAAAACAGGGCGACUACUGAGGUGCCUCGGUCAAAGCCUCCCUCUGCUAUGCUUCGCAAGCAGCCGCCAGUGCCUCGUCGAGAAUCAAGCUUCUCCAUCGUGGCAAACAGACUGCGGACCAAUUCAAAGCAGAACAUGAAGCAAGGCUCAGUAUCGGUGUCUGGUUCGUCAUCCACGCUUAGCACCACGCACAUGACGCCGGUAGUCCCACCACGUGAAUCUUCUACUUCAAAGGAAGCUCAACGUGUACAUGCUGCAGUCUCUUUCUUAAUGCGCCCACUACCAUCGCGCUUUGCUAGGUCUCGAAAGUAUUCCGAGCAAGGCCAUUUGCCGAGGUCAGAUGAGACAAGUUCAUCUGCUCAUGAUAUGAACCAAGGCAUGAGCGAUGCCACGAGCUGUGAUGAAGUCGCGAGUUCAUCCCUGCCUGUUGUGGAGGUGCACGAUACACCAAAAGCUACGUCAUCGAAGCCAAAAGGGGUACCUGCCGUGAAAACGCGAGCCAUUACCUUUGAUACACCACAAGCUUGCAACCCGGACAAGGUACUUGAUAACAGCCCGCUUCCUGUUGCGCAACACGGAGACCUCAAUAGCCCGACCCCUGCCACCUUGGAGCCCUCGUCUGUGUAUUCGAUGCAAGAUAACUCUUCGAACUUACAUGCAGACUCAACGGACGGAGUUGCGGCUGUUCCGGUACCUAAUUAUCGCGACAGCCAGACUACUACACACUUAGAAUGGCACCGCUAUGCGCCCUCUGCGACAGGUGGUGGAGCUCAGCAAUCGCUUCCGUCAAGCAAUAUUGCGACUCAUUCCAACUCUUCUGCCUUGACCCCCUUAGCCAACAUUCAGGAAGACACUACGACGAACCUCAGGCUGUCCGGAUAUAGGUAUCCUGGUCCAUCUCGUUAUUUGCCUGAUCUGAAAGAGGAGUCACACGAGGACUCGAGCCUCAACACGAGUGCUAGCAACCUAAAGGGUUCAAGUUUUCGCUUUCCGUUUGGGGCACCGUCGGGUGUUCGGGCUUCGGGAGAGGAUCCGAUCAAUUUCUCGAGAAGGUCUUCUAUGGUGUCGCAUCGUCAGAGUGUUAUCGGUAGCAAUGUUGGCAGCGCGCUUGGUCAGGCCCACGGCUUGCCUUCGAUGCGGUUCAGCCGAAUGAACCUGUUUGAUGGUCUGAUCGACGAGCUCGGCCUCCGCUAUUCGAGGUCGAUGGAGGAGGUGCCUAACGCGUCGCAGAGAAUGAGCAGAGGUAGUCCACUGCGGCCUGCAUCAGCAGAUGAUGUCAAUGGAAUGCGCCUUUCUCUCGCAGAAUUGAAUGAGGCCGAGCGCUCAAGAUUGUCAAUGCAGCCCACCGCCAUGAUGAGCUUGUUCGCCAUGCAUCGUGCGCGUUCGCCGGAGCUCAUGGCGGAGAUUGAGCGGCUAACUAUACCUUCUGUUGGGGGGCUCACGCAGCGCUUUUCGGAGUUCUUUCCGUCGUUGAGGGAGUACUAUCAGUGUGGCGAGCCAUCUGAGUUUCCGAUUGAGGAAGGAAUCGAGAAGCACGCAUUGGAGGAGAUUCACGAGAUUCAUCCGACGCAAAAGCGCUCUUCAGCUCGACUUCGGCCUAUGCGUGGCGUAUCCCACAUGGUCGUUAUUGAGGACGAUCUCUACGACGAGAUUACGAGUAAGGAGAAGGGGAGUGGCAGUCCAGGUCGUCCCAACGACGGGGGUGUUGCAAACAGCGCUAGUGAGGCAGACUCAAUCGCAGACGAGUCGGCCUACGAGGACGACGUGACUGCCACCCCAACACACAACAAGACAGCUCCGCUUCCAAAGCUUCAAGUUCCAUCACCUGCUAUUCUACGUCCACGUUCCCAUACUGUCGGUCCUCAAGAGCAUCGUAUCUCAGGGGAUUCUGCUCUGUCGUCAAGAAGGUCUCUGAGAUCGAUCGUUUCGACGCCCACAGCAACCGAGACGCGUCCUUGGAAUUCGGACAAGAACUAUCCCUGGGUAACGUCAACAAACCCCGCGAUCGAGAUAUCACUGCCUCGUCCAACCGUCGCAAAGCACUCCCCUCGCCCUGGUCCCUCCCAUCUCCGCAACAGAGUCUCUGACGCGAGUACUGCGAGCUCUUUCUCGACUGCUCAGACAGCUACGGCAUCGCCCUUCGGUUCACCAUCUGACAGCACUGCACACGCACGCCAUCAUCGCUUCAGCGCCUUUGGCCGUAACGGUGAUCAGCCGCACGCAGUUGGAGAACGCUAUCCUACGUCAGCUUUAUCUCCCCCUACGGCCAUCUUCCGCGAUCACCUUUCUGCCUCUGACACUUCUGACGACGAGCAUUACGACACUACGCACAAAACCAGGCUCUCGCUGCGGAAGCGGUUUUCGUCAACUCGCAAGACUAAGCUUGAUAACCAAACAGCUAUCCGAGCUAGCAGAAGCAAGACCAACGCACAAGACCUUGCCUCGCCCGAGUCUACCAAGCCGUCUACGAAUUCAAUCUUGCAGGACUGUGUUGGUGAAGCUCAAGCGUUCACGUCAUCCACUACUGCAAACCGUCAUACCUUCCGUAACGCGGAGGGCAUGAGAGCAGUUGACUACCGCAAACAUCGUAUCAUCGACCGCAUCAAAACUUGGUGGCACAAAGCCAUGAAUAUGUAUACCCAAUUCACGGUCUUCAUCACUCCCGGUGGUCUGAUCUGGGUGAUCCCCCACUACCAGCAGCUCCCCUUGUAUCCUCCUGGCACACCUCCCUCGUCUCCGCCUCCGCCGCCCAACACGCCGGAACCCGCUGCGGACGUGGAGGAUCUGAUCUUGUAUGCACCGGCAGUUGGUCCUGAUGAACCUUACCGCUACUACUGGCACCAUGUUUAA